UUGUGUUUGUGUGGCUGUCAGUGAUUUUUUAAAUAAUCAUGGCUCUCUUUGUUUUUAACUGGACAAAGAGAGGAUACAUCAUGGCUGUGUUGUCUCUAGUCCUUCUGGUGCUUGCGGCCCAACACCGGGAAUACUUCCUCUGCGAGGAGAAACAAUUGAGCUCUUUUGAGAAGUUUUGCGUGUGGCUGGGUGUGAUGGAAAAGCCCAAACCCUGCCCGGGAAUAGAGGAUAUGUACUCCAUGGCUAUGGAAAUGGGACAAGCUACUGCAGCUGUAGUAGCAAGCAGCUUCGUACCAUCGGUCUUGAAGGGGACUUGCUCGCUUUUGGGAUGGGGGAUCAGGCUCAUCAAAAGAAUCCCCAAAGCCAUUCAAGGAGGACUGCAAUCAGUCAAAGGAAUCCUGCGGUUCUUGAAAGGAAGCUUGCCGUCUGCCAAUGAAAUCCCUCUAGCCAUCAAAGGCAUCCCUAAAUCUGCCAAAGAAAGCUUCCGGUUCAUUAAAGGUCAAAUGCGGUUCGGAAGACGUUCUCUGGAAGCGUCCAAGAAAGAUCCAACAAAAUACAAGUAUUUCUUCUUCCGUAAUGCUUACGGUCAGCGAAAACUCGUCAUGAUCAUGAGAGAGGGGGAUAAAUUCAAGGAGAUCUUUGUUCAGAAUCCCCGGACAAAGAAAAUGGAAUGCGUCCUCUCCUAUCCCAGGGAGUCCUAAAGUUCGGUUGGAAACAGAUUUCUAUCGAUCGUCACAGAUCUUUGGAAGAAGCAAGAUCGCGGCGAAUUGAAAUAUUAAUAUUGAAUUUGAUACCAGUCUCUCUUUCGAAAGUUUUCUACAAAGUCUGCAUGAGGAUUUUCUAUGAAAUAACAUUUUAUCUAAUAAAAUCAAAUUUUUUUUAGUUUAAGAGCGAAGUACGUUAAUACACUCUUGAGCUUUUGGUUGUUUAUUCAAAGGGACUUAGACACUAUUUGAGCUCAAAUUUUUCAAAAUUAAUUUUUUUCGUUUUUAAUGUUUAGAAUGGUCCACGUGGGAUGUUUUAAUGCUUUGUCAAAAUUUGAAAGUCAAACACCUAAAUGUAUUACAAGCGAGUUACAGAGGUAAAAAUUCUUGAGUCCUGUUAUUGUUUACGUUUAUCUCGUUUGUCACAAGUAAUUUUGUCAAAGAAAUGGUAGUUUUUUGACUCGAGCUUUAUUUAUAUAACAACCGAAUUUCUUUCCUCUGUAUCUCGCUUGUAACUUGACUUCUAACAUUCAAAUUUUGGUAAAUCACUCAAAAUACACAAAUUAUAUAACCAUUUUAUACAUAAAAUUAGAAAAUUGAAUUUUUAUUUCAAAUCGUGUCUAGAACCCUUCACAUCAAAUACAUGUACAUAUUCUAAGUUUAGUGUGCUAAUGUUGUCUUUGAUAGAUUAUAAAUUCAAUGUACGGAACGUAUCUCUAAAUGUUAUAUCAUUUUGUAAUACAAAUUGUCAUUCAUCAUAACUUUAUUCAUGUUCAUAUUGA